AUGCGUCUGCGCCUCACGAUCCAGCGCAACGGGCUGCCCGUGGUGAACAUUCUCUGGAGCGUCCCGGACACGAACAGCACAUCCGCAUACACAAUCACCCGUCUGCUCGAAGACGUCAACCUCAUUGUGCCGCUGGAGGCAGAGCACUGGGGGCUUGAGCACUAUGUUGUCGAGGUCGGGGGCUUCGAGUGCUUGCACUUUAUGCCUGUGGGACAGGCGCUGAAGGAGGAAGAUAAUGUUUCCAUAAGACCGCUCAUGCGCGCCGAAGUCCGUGCUAGGACGCUCACAGGACGACACCAGAUCAGCGAUGGCGGGCAACAUCUCGUGGAUGGUUUGCCGUUUGGGAGGCCAUAUCUGAGGCAGCCAAAUCGACCGGCUGUGAGGAUCCCACCGCGGAAGCGACAGAGAUUGGAGGAGAUCACGAACGAAGAAGCUGCUCAGCUGGAGAUGCCACAGCUGGAAGCGGAAUGGACUCAGGCAGUUGAUGUGCAGAAGCAGUCUGGUUCUGCGACAAAACGCGGGUCAAAAGAAGCGGCAAAGAAAGUGCAAUUCGAGCAGUCAGUGGUGGCAAUGGACGUCGAUGAGGAUAGCGAAGAGGAUGAAGACGAUGAGGACUUCGCGCCAGGGGAGGAGAGCGAUGACCUCGAUGUCGGCGGCUCUGAGGAUUCGAAUUCGGAUUCGGACUCGGAUACCGACACGUCGAGUGCCUCUGACGUCUUAACUUCGGACCAAGAUUCAGAUUCAGAUUCGGACUCGGAAUCAAGCUCAGACAGUUCAUCGAGCGAUUCAGACUGCGACAGCGAUAGCGAUGCGGCGCCUGAAGUACUCUCUUCGAAAGCACCGACACCGAAAACGAUAGCCGCACAGCCACCUACCACUUCCAAGAUCUCGCCGCCUGGCAAAGGCAAGAGGACUACGCAAUCGCGGAAUGCGCGCCGAACGAAGACGAACCGGCUGAAACACCUGAAGGAAGCUGGAAAGCUACACGAGGAUGCUGAUUUGAAGGAUCUUGACAAGUACGACGAAGAGACCAGGCUGCAAAAGCAAGGCGCCAUGUCUGAACAACGGCAGGCUUUCGCGCAACCGACCGGCAAGAGGAAACGCAUAGAGGAUAAUGAGCCUGCCGAAAUUGCUGGGGAUGAUUCGGCAGAACUGGAAAAGCGAAAACAAGAAAUGAUGGCUCGGUUCGGCGAAGAGCGGUCAGAUGUCACAGUGGAAGCGAAAGAGGCAUCCUCGAGUAAGACCGAAGAUGCUACCUCAGCACCGUCACAGCAAACAGAAGAGACAUCAGAAUAUACGGCAGAGAAGAAGACGCCGGAGCGAAAGCGCCUACGACCCGACGUUUCAGCAAUCGGCCGUAUGCUUGCACGUCAGACCAAAAACCUUACAAAGAAGCCCAUCGAAACUAAAGAACCGACUCCCGAACCUGAGGGUUCAACAGACCCGGACUUCUGGAAAUCAAGGAUCAAUCUUUCCGCCUUCGAGUGUUGGGAGGAAGAAUACGAACUGACGGCCCCACCGUUCCCAUUCCAGCAGCAUUGGGACCCCGUCAGCAAGGUCAUGCGUGAAGCUGCUAAGAAGAAGAAAGGCAAGAAGGGCGGUAAGACGCCGGCACCAGCAGAAGAACCGGAAGAGGAAGAAGAGGAGGAGGAAGAAAAGAUCUUCCUCAACUACGAUGAUACCCCAAACGAUGACAAUCCGGAUGUUGAGAUUCACACAGCUAUCGAGGACCAACUUCAGCAGGACAUUGCAACAGCGUCACAAGAACAGUCCGGCCUACCUCUGCUACCCGCUGACUUGAGCACAUUGCCAGACCUGACUUCCGCCGACAUCAAGGCAGGAGCUGUCGUUGUCUGCAAGUUUUUCGGCGUCAAUCCCGUCACCGUCACGCCUGAAAUUAGCGAUUUCAAGACGGCCAUCGUCGACCGCGAAGGCGAUUCCGGCGCCGGUGCAGGCACGAUACGCUUGAGGAUCGCUGAGCGCGAUCUACCGAGGAAGGAGAAAAAGUUCGACAGCAAGGGAAACAGGAUCUAUGAUGCCAAAGACGGCUUCUUCAUGGACGAGGAGGAAGAGGAGGGCCUGUGGAGCGGUAUGUUUGGUGAGCUGCUAGAAGGGAAGCUGCUGAAGGCUGCAUGA